AGGCAGACUUGUGUUAUUGGUAGGUGGUGGCAGAAGCUUUGCGGAAGUGUAUGAAAGCGGAGUCAUAUGACCAGGCAGGCAGACAGACAGACAGGCAGGCAGACAGACUUGUGUUAUUGGUAGGCGGUGGCAGAAGCUUUGCGGAAGUGUAUGAAAGCGGAGUCAUAUGACCAGGCAGGCAGCCGGAGAAAAUGCUACCUAGAUAUGGAUAAAAUUCCUCGGACACGGUGACUAACAUCCACAACAAACACGAUGGAGGAGAUUAAAGUGUCCCCUGACUAUAACUGGUUCAGAAGCACAGUGCCCCUGAAAAGAAUCAUUGUUGAUGAUGAUGACAGUAAAGUGUGGUCGCUGUAUGAUGCUGGCCCAAAGAGCAUCAGGUGUCCCAUCAUCUUCCUCCCUCCAGUCAGUGGGACAGCCGAGGUGUUCUUCCAGCAGGUGCUGGCUCUGACAGGAUGGGGCUACAGGGUCAUCUCGCUUCAGUAUCCGGUGUACUGGGAUCUCAUGGAGUUCUGUGACGGCUUCAGGAAGCUUCUCGAUCACCUGCAGUUGGAUAAAGUCCAUCUGUUCGGUGCGUCCCUGGGUGGAUUCUUGGCUCAGAAGUUUGCAGAGUGCACACACAAGUCUCCCAGAGUGCACUCACUGAUACUGUGUAAUUCAUUCAGUGAUACGUCCAUCUUUAACCAGAUGUGGACAGCAAACAGUUUCUGGCUGAUGCCAGCUUUCAUGUUGAAGAAGAUUGUUCUGGGGAACUUUGCUAAAGGACCUGUGGACCCUAAAAUGGCAGAUGCAAUCGACUUCAUGGUUGACAGGUUGGAGAGUCUGAACCAAAGUGAGUUAGCGUCGCGACUAACACUCAACUGUCAGAAUUCUUAUGUGGAGCCUCACAAAAUAAAAGAUGUUGCUGUGACCAUUAUAGAUGUGUUUGAUCAGAGCGCUCUGUCGCUGGAGGCCAAGGAGGAGAUGUAUAAACUGUAUCCUAAUGCGAGACGAGCUCAUCUGAAAACAGGAGGAAACUUCCCGUACCUGUGCAGGAGUGCUGAAGUCAACCUCUACAUACAGAUUCACUUACGCCAGUUCCACCACGGCACGAGAUAUGCUGCCAUCAGUCCUGCCAUGGUGAGUGCUGAGGAGCUACAGGUGCAGGAGAGUCACCUGAGCAGUCAGCAAGAUUCUGACGACGACCAAUGAGAGGAAUCCUACCUGGAGGCUCGUCCCUCUCUUCAUCAUUUCACAGGGCCUUCUCCACAUUUUUUAAUGGAGCGAGUCAACUGAGAAUAUUUUUAUUUGACAGAUGAAGCAAUAUUUUGAUAAUGAACUGUAUAUAAAUGUUACUCUGAUGCUUUAAAAAACAUACGACACCUUGCCUUAUGUGGAAUGAAAUUGAUAAUUGUUGCACUCAUAAACUGCCUGAACUGUUUGCUAUGGAGAAAUGUGUUUGUGUAAUUCAACAAGAGGAAAUUUUGCAUUUUCGCCCAUUUUGUUUUGGGAAACAGUUAUUUAGAAUUCACAUGUGCAGUCGUCAUUCGCACUCAUGUGUCACAGUGGUGAACAGCUGAACGUGGCUCUGCACUAAGUUUACAUGUCGUGACUGAGAAGUGUGUAAAAACACACAAUCUGCCAAAGUUUCAGCCACAAGCUCUGUUUUUGCAAGCUGAACAUCAAACGUAGGUCACUGGAUGUUUUGAAGUGUCGAGCUUCAGAAAACUGCAAGACGUUUCUAAAAUAUAAACUACAUACAUGUGUCACAGCAGCCUUGGACUGCAAAUGCUCCCAUAGCUAUGAGUGAGUUUCUGAACACUUGUUGAAGAAUAAAUUAAAUGAUAUGCAUUUUUAUAAGA